AUGCUGUCAGGCCGGUGGUGGUCAAGUACCCGGGGGAACCUUGGACUGGGGCCCCAAAACCCUUCUCGGGGAUCCCAGCUGUGUGCCCUCUAUGCCUUCACUUACACUGGGGCAGAUGGCCGACAAGUGUCCCUGGCUGAAGGGGAUAGGUUUCUACUGCUUCGAAAGACCAACUCAGACUGGUGGUUGGCAAGGCGCCUGGGAGCACCCGCCACUUCUCGACCCAUCUUUGUCCCAGCUGCCUACGUGACAGAGGAAUCUAGCCCUUCCCAGAGCCCAACCACCACCAAUCCCAGCCAAUCCCUCUGGACUCCUGGGCCAAAGUUGCAUCUUGGCUCCAGGGAGGAGCUGCAACUGCCUCAGGAAGCCCCAGGCAGAACCCAGACAAGCUCUAAGCAGCCUCCUCCUCUUCCCCCCAAAAUGUGUAGAAGUGUCAGUGUUACCAAUUUGAGGCCUAGCCUCCUGAAGCCCUUCCAGGAAGGAGCAAGUGGCAGAUCCCUCUCACAGGAAGACUUACUGACAGAGGCCGGUGCCAACAAGGCAAGACCCCAGCCCCUCAUGUCAGAGCACCCUGUGUACUGCAACCUAGUGGACCUUCGCCGCUGCCCCCGGUCUCCCCCCACGAGCCCCGCGUGCGCCCCACUGCAGAGGCUGGACUCCUGGGAGCAGCACUUGGACCUCAACUCCGGACGCUGCUUCUACAUACAUUCGCUGACUGGCUGCAAGUCCUGGAAGCCCCCACGCCGCACUCGCCUGCGGGAGAUGAACCCCGUCUCCAUGGAGGGGAUGCAGACCCUGAGUCGGGACAACGGCCUCCUGCCACCUCAGGCAAAGGGCUCUGAAGCUGACCCAGCGCCCCCAGAACUGCGCAGCCCCCAGGGCUCACCCUGCCUCCACCAGCGCACCUCCCAGCUCCAGCCGGCAGACCUGCCCUCAGCCUUGCAGCCCUCCCGACCUCUGCCGCAGGUCCUGGACGACCCCCACGAGGUGGAAAAGUCGGGCCUGCUCAACGUGACCAAGAUCGCCCAGGGGGGGCGAAAGCUCAGGAAGAACUGGAGCCCGUCUUGGGUGGUGUUGGCAGGUAACAGCUUGGUGUUCUACCGGGAGCCGCCGGCCGCCGGGCCCUCCUCCCUCUGGGGACCAGCGGGUAGCCGACCCGAAAGCAGCGUGGACCUGCGUGGGGCAGCCCUGGCCCACGGUCGCCACCUGUCCAGCCGCCGCAACGUCCUGCACAUCCGCACGGUCCCUGGGCACGAGUUCCUGCUGCAGUCAGACCACGAGGCCGAGCUGCGAGCCUGGCACCGCGCGCUGCGGGCGGUCAUCGAGCGCCUGGACCGGGAGAACCCGCUGGAGCUGCGCCUGUCGGGGUCGGGGCCCGCGGAGCUGGAGGAGCUGAGCGGCGGGGAGGACGACGAAGAGGAGUCGGAGCCGGUGUCCAAGCCGCUGCUGCGGCUCAGCGGUCGCCGGAGCUCUGGGCGCUGUCCCGAAGGCACCGAGCAGAACCGCGUGCGGAACAAGCUGAAGCGGCUCAUCGCCAAGAGACCGCCCUUGCAGAGCCUGCAGGAGCGCGGCCUGCUCCGCGAUCAGGUGUUCGGCUGCCAGUUGGAAUCACUGUGCCAGCGGGAAGGGGACACGGUGCCCAGCUUUGUGCGGCUCUGCAUUGCUGCUGUGGAUAAGAGAGGUCUAGACGUGGAUGGCAUUUACCGGGUGAGCGGGAACCUGGCUGUGGUCCAGAAACUUCGCUUCCUGGUGGACAGAGAGCGGGCGAUCACCUCCGAUGGGCGGUAUGUGUUCCCAGAACAGCCAGGACAAGAAGGCCGACUAGAUUUGGACAGUGCUGAGUGGGAUGAUAUUCACGUGGUCACAGGAGCCCUGAAGCUUUUUCUCAGGGAGCUACCCCAGCCUCUGGUGCCUCCACUGCUCCUGCCGGAUUUUCGCGCUGCCCUUGCACUCUCGGAAUCAGAACAGCGCGUCUCUCAAAUCCGAGAAUUAAUAGGCUCAAUGCCCAGGCCCAACCAUGACACUCUGCGGUACCUCCUGGAACAUUUAUGCAGGGUGAUAGCACACUCAGAUAAGAACCGCAUGACCCCCCACAACCUGGGAAUCGUGUUUGGGCCUACCCUGUUUCGGCCAGAGCAAGAGACAUCUGACCCAGCUGCCCAUGCUCUCUACCCUGGGCAGUUAGUCCAACUCAUGCUCACUGACUUCAGCAGCCUUUUCCCCUGAUUGGGGCAAGGAGGAAGACAAAAUGUGGUUCCACUGAUCUCUGCUGGGUACCCUUUAGUGGGGGGUGAGGA